AGUGUCGAAACCGAGCAACGCGCCAGUCUGCCUGACAGCCUGAAUUCUGGAUAAGACGCGGCCUCCGGCAAAAACCCUCCACUCUCCCCGUCCGGCUGCCUCACCCCUCCCCAACGCUGCCAUGGCCUCGCUCCACCCCGCGACGGCCACGCCGCCCCCGCGCCUCUCCCCCGCGCCGCCCUCUCUCCGCGCGUCGUCACUCUCGUGGUCCGCCUCCAUCGCCGUCUCCCCCAUCCCGCCGCCCCCUCGACUCGAGCUCCGCUCGCCGGCACCGGCUCACGGGCCGGGCAACCGCCAGGAGAGCCUGGUGGUGUGCGCGGCGUGGACGCGGCGGUCGCGCGGGGAGGCGGAGCAGCGGCCUAACCGCAAGUCGUGGAAGCAGCGCACGGACAUGUACAUGCGCCCCUUCCUGCUCAACGUCUUCUUCUCCAAGCGCUUCGUGCACGCCAAGGUUAUGCACAGGGGCACCAGCAAGGUCAUCGCCGUCGCCACCACCAACGCCAAGGACCUCCGCCUCACGCUGCCGUCCCUCGUCGACGACAACGCCUGCAGGACCAUCGGGAGGCUCAUCGCCGAGCGGUCCAUGGACGCCGACGUCUUCGCCCUGGCCUACGAGCCCAAGAAGAACGAGCGGAUCGAGGGCAAGCUCGGGAUCAUAAUCGACACGAUUAAGGAGCAUGGUAUCAUCUUCGUCUAGGCAAGUUUCAGGGUAGGAGCAGUGCUGUUGUUUGUUAGUUUCGAUUCCUAUUACAUGGAAAUUGUUUCCUUAUUGACUACUAAAAAAUAUAUAACACGAAAGGUCUUAGAUCUGUCUCUCAGCAGUAACUGCAAAAAUUUU